CUACAAAGUCUCUAUAAAGUCAAUUAUUUAUUACAUAACAAUUUAAUUAAAUGUGAUACUUUUCGUAACUCAAUUCUUAUAUUAUUGAUUAAAAUUCAUUUAUUAUUAACUACAAUAUUCAUCAUCUCAUCAAUUUGUAAUUUUGUAUUAAGCAAAGAUUCCAUAAGGUCAGUUAACUUUACAUUAAAAUUCGAUCAAAUGCAAUGCUUUGCUCUACCUUAAUUUUAUUAUUAGAUCACAUAUUAUGUAAAAUUUACAUACUAUCAUUCUAUAACAAUUCUAUAAAUUAUGAAUAUAUUACAUAAAUAUUUUGGAGGAUAGUUAUUUUUUAUUAAUCAAUUUAACAUGCUAUAAGUCGGAAUGAGAUUAGGUGCUAACCUCUUAAGGGGUUAGCACUUAGCACCAUACUAACUACUCUAACAACCAUUAGAUUAGCAUAAUAAUCCUAGGGUCAGAAUUAACUCAAGGAUAUUUUAGUCAACAAUUAUACAAACCCUAAUAUAAAUACUCCUCUUUCUGCCUGUUUUCACAUUUACGGUUUCCUAUCUCAAUCUCUCAGUCACGGUUUGUCGCCAAAACCUAGAAAAGUCAAAUCAGGGUGCUUGCGAGCGGAGGGAGGCGCUAAAGCCGGCGGGGAGGGUGUUUCCAUCGGUGGACUGGGAGAUGUUGGCAGCGACGACUCUUUUCAAGUUUACAACCGCCUUGGUGCUCUAUCACCAGUUUCGCGUCAUCGAUCCUGGGGAAAGGCGUUCCUUCUAGCUGCCUCGUCCUUCCGGUUCAAGGCCACCACCGCCUAGAUCUGGGGCUCCGAUAACAGUUUCGCCUCCGAUUGAUCCAUUCUCCCUCCUCCUCGAUCGUCCACUGCCCUGUUUCUCCUCCCGCAAUCGGCGCCUAUUCGGAGGAAGCAACAAAUAUGCAUGUUGAAGCAACACAUAAAGAAGCUACUGCUUUGUCCUCGUAGUGAUUCCAUAAGGUUUUGAUGAAUUUUCAUUGUAACUGCGGUGAUUAGUUAUCAAAUAUGGGGGCAGGAUACUAGGCUAACCCCUAAAGGGGUAGUGAUUUUCGACACCCUCCUUUUGAUUGGUCACUUAUCCAUUUAAUCAUUUGGUAAGUUGUAUUAAUGAAAGUUGCUUUUUAUUUUAUUUAUUGUAAUCUUGUAAAUUGGGAAAGCCUUAAUUGUGAUAAUAAUUAUGAAUGGGGAAGGAGAAAAACGUUGGAGGAGGAAAGUGCCUUUUCAGCUCCUAUAUUCCUCAUAUUCCCUCCCGAAAAAAUAGCACCCAUUUCUCUCCUCUGCAGAACUUGACGGUGGCCCUCUCCUCUGCAGAAAUCGAUGGCGGCCGGAAACCAUCGAGUUGCUCGCCGACGGUGGGAUCGCCUUCGCCGGCCGGAAACCCUCUCCCGACGUCUUCUCAGUCCAGCAAAGCCUCCCUCCGGCGGUCCACAACCUCCGUUCCGCCGACCCUCUCCCGUCCCUCUGUUCCCCUCGAGUCUCCUCCUAUCUCCAGCUGCCGCCAUCCUGGGAUCGCCUCUGACCUACCUUGUGGAUUGCUCGCACCAGUGGAGUGGUACGUGUACCAGUGGAGUGGUACGUGUACCAGUGGAGUGGUACGUGUACCAGUGGAGUGAUAUUUGUAUCAUUGAAGUGGUACUGCAUUGUUGCUCCGUUAUUGUUUAUCAUUGUUAUGAAAAAUAUCAUUGCACUGGUAUUGUUCUCACUCUAACCUACCUUGUGGAUUGCUCGCACCAGUGGAGUGGUACGUGUACCAGUGGAGUGGUACGUGUACCAGUGGAUUGGUACGUGUAAUUAAUGUACCAGUGAGAGAAAUUAAUUAUGUAAUUAAUGGGGGUGAUUUCGUUUUUCCCCAUAUUCUUUCUCUUUUCCAAUGUGGUGAGAGACCCCAAAUUACAAGAUAAAAAAAAAAUAAAAAACCAGUUUAAUUAAUACUUGCCAAUGAUUGGAAAUAAAAUUGGCCAAUCAUAAAGGGGGUGUCAAAAAUCACUACCCCUUUAGGGGUAGUCAAACUAACCGAUCCCUCAAAUAUGCCUCAUAAUCUAUUACGAAAGAGACAUAGAUAUGUGUGUUGAUUAUUUGUGAUUAUGUUUGUAGGUAUCAGUGCAAUUGCGUUGAUUAGUGAUUUUGUUGUUAUGAUUCUUAUUUGUAGAUAUUAGUAUGUCGCAUUGAUUCUGAUUGUAAUAAUUGAUUUAUGUUAACUAUUAGUAGUGUUUUGCUUAUUUGUAGUAGUAUUUUUUUAAUUUGUAAUACUGAUUUAUUUUUUUAGUUGUGAUUCUUACUUAGUUACUUAGACAAUUACUACUCUUAAAAUGGUGAAACACUACUAAUUAAGUUAAAACAACUACUACACCUACAAAAACACUACUACAAGUCACCAAAACCGCUACUAACCGUACAUCUAUGAGAGAGACGAAAGAAAUAUGAUAAACUUUUAUUUUAUCCAUUAAAUUUAAUAUAUGAGAAUACCAAAUAUACCCUUCAUUAUUCUCCACCCUCAGACUUAUUUGAAUAUAAUAAAUGGAGAUUAGAGUGGUUAGUAUGGUGCUAACCCCUAACACCGUUACUUGUCCCGCUAUAAGUCUUACCGCCGCGAAGCGCGGCCAAAAAACUAUUUUUUUUUAAACAGAGAUACAAACAAACACAGCUAAUAUGAAAGCUAUCGAAAACCAGAAUUGUAGAAGCAAGAUCUAUCUCUACACGUAAUAAACGCACCAAUUCUAUAAUAGGUCCCUAAAAUGCUUGCAACACUGAGUGUAUUGCGACGAAAAUGCGUACGGAGUACGGACCAAUAUAAUCACCCUUUCUUCCAAGUCCGUACGUCAAGUAUGACAAGCAGGUUCUGAACAAAUUAUUGUCUUUCAUAUAUAAAAAUGAUAUAUAUACCCAACAGAGAAUUGGAACAAAUAUUAGGAGGCAAAAAAAAGAAGAUCAUGGCUUCCACAGGCUCUGCAAAACCAAUCAUCCUAUUCCUCUUGCCGUUUAUUGUAACCACUGGUCCUCUAUUGUUCUGGACAACGGUCUCAUCAGUAACCGCCGUGGCACCAAAAAACAUAAAAACUGGUAGAAUUCCGGCAGUUUUUGUAAUGGGGGAUUCGAUCCUUGACACUGGAAACAACAACUACAUCGUAACUAUGUCUAAAUUCAACUUCCCUCCCUACGGAAAGAACUUCCCGGGAAAAAUACCCACCGGCAGGCCCUCAGACGGACGGCUCAUUUUGUAUAAAAGGUUAUUGGUACG